AUGAGCAGGAGAAAACGCCUCACACCUCAGGAGCUCGAGAGGCUCUGCAGCUAUGCGACGCCCAUGGGCCGUUGCCCGUAUGCCAGGGUCACUUUGGUCAAGGACGGCGCCCGUUACGGAUCCCGCUUCUGCAAGGCUCACUGCUGCAAGAAGAUUGACGGCAACUCUGCGUGCCUGAACAUGAGAACCAACAACAAGGGAUACUGCCAGCAUCACCUCCUGUGCACAGGUUCGAUCAAUGACCAGCGUUGCACCAACUACAUCAAGAACUACGACCCCAAAGACUUCAAGUUUUGUUCGCAGUAUCAUAACUGCCUCACCCCAGGAUGCGCCAACGAGCGCAACCACCCCAACGGCGUCGACUAUAGAUACUGCCCGGACCACCGCUGCGACCACGCCGACUGCGCGAACCCCAAGGCCGCACCCUCCCCCUUCUGCGCCUCGCACACCUGCGCCUCCCCGGCCUGCCUCGCCCGCUGCCCCGGCGCCUCGGGGGACCUCGACGACCCCUCCCGGUACUGUGACCGUCACCGCGUCUGCGCGGCGGGGGGCUGCCGUCGCUUCGCCCACCUCGACGACCAGGGC